AUGCGGACACAAGACGCUCGCGUGUCGCUCUCCGCCAGCCAUCAUGGCCUGCACAAGGACGAGCCGGCCGUCGCGUGGUCUGUCCUUUUACAAGCCGUGAAGGGGAUGCUCGCGCCACAGGCCGGCGCUAAAGCAAAGUCGAAGCGCGGCGCUGGCAAGAAGCGCGCGAGGGACCCCGGCGACGACGGCCCGGCAGCGAAGAAGCGCAAGGCCGACGACGGGUCUGCCGUUUCUGACGACCGCCAGCCUGUGUUCCGGUUGAGCUACGAGCUAGGCUACAAGCUCCGCCCCGACGAGGACGCCCCUCCCGAGGCGCGGGAAUUGUGCGAUAUAUUGUACGAGCACGGGGACACGGCCAUACAGCUUCCAGAUCUUGCUGUCCAGCCCCGACCCAAGGGUGCCAGACUGCGCACGCGCGAAGGAGACGCGUACCUGAUGUUCCUCCCUCCGCCGAGUCAGGGCGAGGACCACCUCUUCGCCUGGCUCAGCUCCAUCAACGACUUCAACCCUGGCCCGGCAUUUGCCGACCUCACGGCCUCAGCGCGCCUCGUCCUACCCGCCGACGCGGAUAUGAGCGACGAACGCACCAUACCGUUUCAGAUCCAGGUAGACCUGACGCUGCACUUCAUCACGCCCCACAUCUUCCACGACAAAACAGACAUCAAGACCAAAGCCAAACGCGUCGCAUUUCUCUCCGCGCGCUCGGAGCUUCUACAGCUUGCCUUUCCGCCUGCGCCGCUCCCUCCGUCACUCUCCGCGGCGUACAUCGGACGGACCGAUAUCCCGUUCUUCUACGCGACCGUCCAACCUGCCCCCGAGCUCAGUGAUACGGCCAUGCAAACAGUCCAACCGGACGAGCUCAACCCCACACUCCUACCCUUCCAACGCCGCUCCGUAGCUUGGCUCCUCGCUCGCGAAGGUAAAGCCAUCACCCCAGACGGCACCAUCGUCCCCGCCUCUUUCCUCCCCCCAUCAAACUUGGACGACGAUCUCCCGCUCCUCUGGACACGUGUAUCACCCACGGAGGAUAUAGCCUGGUACUAUGAGCGCCUCACAGAUACCAUCAGCCCGGAUUAUCCUGUUCAAGAGCCGCCGUUGCCGGGCGCGAUUCUGGCUGAGGAGCCUGGGCUUGGGAAGACGCUGGAGUGUAUCAGUCUGAUGUUGCUCAAUCCGGGUGUGGGACGCGAUCCGGAUAUGUCGAGGUGGGACGCACAGGCGGGUUUGGAUGUGAAAGAGGUCAAGACUACGUUGAUCGUUACGCCCGCUUCGUUAUUAAGACAGUGGGUCGAUGAGAUCGAGCUUCAUGCGCCAAGUCUGAAAGUCUUCGUAUACGAGGGCUGGUCAAAGCUACCCAUCAACGUCAAGCACAACGGUCUACGCUCCACGUCCACCGCAUCCUCAUCCAAAGAUAAAGGCAAAUCCAAAGCCUCUCCGGAUGACGCAAUGGACGUCGACUUCGACUCUCCCGCCCCUUCCUCCUCCAAUAGGAACAACGUUGACGCAUGGGCCCAAUUCAUCAACUCGUACGACGUCUGCAUCACGACGUACAACGUCCUCCAACAAGAUCUACACGUCGCACGCGCACCCCCGCGCAGACCUAGACGCGAAACGGCAGAGUAUAGCACGCCGGCGUAUCUCAGGCCCCGGAGCCCGCUCGUGUGCGUGGAGUUUUGGAGGGUCAUCAUGGACGAAGUCCAAAUGGUCGGCGGCGGACGUUCACUAGAAAUGGUCUCCCUAAUCCCGCGCCACUCCUCCCUAGCCGUCUCCGGCACCCCCGCCAAAACCUCCCUGCCCGACCUCUCGCACGUCCUGCGUUACCUCCGCACCCCAUCCCUCUUCCACUCGAAACAGACGUGGGAUAGGCUGUUGAGACCGGAGAUGGUGGGGGAGUUUGUGCGGUUGAUGAGAUUUUAUACGUGUAGGACGGUGAAGAGGGAUGUUAAGGAUGAGUUGACGAUUCCGGUGCAGACGAGGUGGUUGGUGGGGGUCGAGUUGGGGAGGGUUGAGAGGCAUGUGUACGAUCAGGAGCUAGGCAAGUGUUUGCAGGAGCUUGGGCUCGACGCGCGCGGGGUAGCUGCGACGGAGAACUGGGAGAUCGAUACGGCCCUCCUCCGCUCGUGGCUCCGGAAGCUCCGUAUGAUCUGUACACAUCCGCAGGUCGGCACGCUGCAGAACACGACGAAGAACCAGAAGACGGGCGGGGCGAACGUGCUGAAGAGUAUGGAAGAAGUCCUAGACGGAAUGAGAGAGUUGAAUUGGCAGAACUUGAUGACCGACCGCCGACAGAAGGUAGAAGAGAUGGCCCGCUCAGCCCAACUCAUCCAGCACAACCCCAAGCUGCAUCAGCGACACGCCAAAGCUCUCGACACACUCACCAAAGCCGAAGCCGAAGCCCAAGCCCUCAUAGACGAUCUUCAGUCCGCGCUCGACGAGCAUGCCAAACUCGGUGAAAUCCUCAAAGAGGAGUACGCUCAGCAACAACGCGAACGCGAGUUGUUGGCCGCUCAGAAUCGAGAUGCCUCUAACAACAAUGCCGCGUCGGAGAAGGACAAGGGUAAAGGCAAAGCACGCGCUCUCUCGCCCGAGUCGGACGAGGACUCUAUGCAACGCGACGAGGACGACGAUGAGAAUGAUGGACUGCCUAAGACGCCCAAGGUCAAGUCGUUCAGGGAUAAGCGGUCGAAGCUGAAGAAGCGGAUGCGAGAUGCGCUUAUCACGCUGCAUAAGGCCAAGUUCUUACAGGGCGAUGUUCAUCAUGUUCUUGGGAAGAGUCAUCAAGCGGAGGAGGAUAAGGCGUAUCAGGAGGCGGAUGGGUUGAGGAAGAAGAUUCUGAAACUGAGCGAGGAGGGCGCACGCGCGGCGAUGGCUGAGCUGUCGAAGGACUACGUCGCGCACAGUACCACGCGCAACACGCGGAAGAAAGAGUUCUUCGUUCAAGUUCCUCUACCCCUCAAAGGCGGGGUCAAAACCGCCGACCUCAUCGAACAAGCCAACGAGAUCCUCCAAGACGGUCUCAACGCCCAAACGACCCUCCUCUGGACCUGGCGCACGCACCUUUACAAACUCCUCACCGAAUCUCUAAACGCAACAUCUUCCGACUCCGAAACAGCCGACGGCGAAGAAUACUCUCGAUCUUUGAACACACAAGGCGAAGCGGACGUCUACGUUCAAGCGUACAAAGCGCUUCUCGCAGAUAGACGCGAGAUCCUCGUUGCGGAACGGACGGCUUUGGCCGAACAUGAAGGCAAAGAGAAGAAGAAGCGCAAGACCAAGACCGCUGCUGCUGCCGCCGCGGCGAAAGCUGCUGAAGAGGAGAUUAGGCUGGCAGAGACGGAGUUGGAGAUGGCGGAUGGCGAGAAGGAGGUCUUGCCGGAGCAUGAGGUGUUGUUCAAGGAGCUUAUGGGGAAGAGGAAGGAGAUUAUGGAUAAGUUUGAUGGGAAGGCUGUCAAGAGUAUUGUCGUGCAGACGGCGAAUGUGGCGGUUAAGAUCGCGGGGAAGAGCGAUAUGGAGAAGAUUCUGGCAACGGAAAUCACACAAGCUCUCAGGCAGAUCAUUAACACGCAAAGUGCGCUGAACGAGAAGCUCGAGGCUGAUCUCGUGCGGUUCCGCAAGGCGUUCAAUGAGCGCGUGCAGUACUACAAGCAGCUCCAGUCGAUCUCUGAUAGCCUGAAGGAGGCCGAGUGGCAAGGUGGUGUUGACGAGGCUAUCGAGGCGAGCGAUGCGCUUCAGGCGGAGCUUGACGGGAAGAUCAAGACCGGCAGAGCUCGUGAACGCUACCUUCAGCAUCUUACCGAGGAAGGCGACGAUGAAGAGGACGGAUGUAUUCUAUGUCGUUGCGACUUCAACCGAGGAUACCUCACUGAGUGCGCUCAUUCGUUCUGUGAGGAUUGUAUGAAGGGAUGGUUGUCGCGGUCCAAUAAGGUGUGCCCCGUAUGCCGUGUACCCAUCGACGUAUCCAGCCUCCAACGCUUCACCGUCAAACCCACCACCGCCACCACCAAACCGUCCAAUCCUCCGAGUAAACUCCUCCCGAACGGCGAAGACGCCCUCCCGCGCUCACGCCGGAAGAUCGAGUACAACUCUAUACCGCGCGACGUCCUAGACGAGAUCGACUCGUUCGAAGUGGGCGGGAGCUACGGGAGCAAGAUCGAGAGUCUCGUGAGGCACUUACUCUAUCUCAGAAUCACGGAUCCCGGCGCGAAGAGCAUCGUGUUUUCCGCGUUUGAGGACUCGUUGCAUAUCGUUGAGCACGCGUUGCGCACGAAUGAUAUCCCGUGUUUGAGGAUUGAGUCGACGGCUGGGACUGGUAAGGCGAGGACGCCUGCUGCUGUGCGGUUCAAACAGGAUCCAGAACUACUGGUAUUGCUUCUCCAUGGUGAGAGGGAGAACGCAGGAUUGAACGUGACGUGCGCGUCGCGCGUGUUCCUACUCGAGAGCGUCGUCCACCACUCAUUCGAAGUCCAAGCCAUCGCACGUAUCGAUCGCAUGGGACAGACCCGCCCGACGGAAGUCUUCUGCUACUACGCCGAAGAAACGGUCGAGAAGAACAUCCUUGACCUCGCCGCGCGCAAAGGUCUCUCGUUGUAUACGACUGAGAAGUCUCAAGGGACGCUUGACGUUGCGCCUGCGGCUAUCGCGCCCGACGCUGCUACGAAUAAGGUGGAUGCGCCCAGUAAGAAGAAGGAUCAGAAGGGGGACUUUAUCUUCAAGUUGGAGGAUAUGAUGUCGAUCCUAUUUCCGCAUCUCACGGAAGACUUGGAGUAUCUCUUACCAGCGUCUGAAGAGGAAGAGGAGGAAGAGGCUGCCACAUCGGUGGCGGCGGCACGUAGGGAGCGAGUGCAGGCGAACGCUGUGGCGGGACCUUCACGCCUACGUUAG